CGGGCCUGGCAUUUAGAUCGACGAUGGAUCUAUCAGGUUUGCACGGAAUUCGGCUGGUUCCAUAGAUUCAAGAAAAUUCUGAUACUGGGCGUGGAACGAACCAACUUACAGUUCGGUGGAUUGGAUAUCGCUGAUUCAGUAACGAACAUUGUCCUUGUUAACGGCAGCAACGACCCGUGGCACGCCGCCGGUGUCGUCAAUUCGACCAACCCUAGGUCGCCAGUCAUUUACGUGGAAGGUGCCGGCCACUGUCCUCUGAUACACCCUCCAAGGAGUGCCGACAAUGCUCCGUUAGCUGAAGGGAAGCAGAGAGUGGAAAAGAUUGUCGAUUUUUGGUUAAAAAUUAAGUGAUUUUUUUCACAUCCUUGCACCGAGUAAUUUUCUAAGUAUUUCAUUCAUUCAUUCAAAGCAUCAAAUGUAUUUCCAUUCAUAGGCAUUUAAAUAAACAGCAGUAUUGAGCGAUGGCGAGUAGAAUUAAUUAACGUCAUAUCAUUUUUCACGUAUGACGUAUUUGUACGACAAAUGUUGAUGUAAUUAAAAGUUAUGAUCCCGUUUUCAUUAUUUAUAAAAAAUAAACUUUUUUUUUCUAUGCUCGACUAUAAUUCAUCUUAUUAUGUUGCUUGUUUUUUUUAUGGCUUUUCAGGGUGAACAGUAAAAAAGGGUAUGGAAAGGAAUGAAUAGAUUAACGACGACUGCUAUAACCAUUAUAUUAUCUUAUUUAUUUACUUAAAUACCUAUACCUUACAUCUGAGUGAGUAAGUACAUAUGUAUAUGCGGAGCAAGAGUGAAUGCUCGUCAUCGACCUAACAAAAUUAAUAAAAGUGAACUGCCCAUAAUGGCACUACCAUA